AUGCGCAAACCAAAAGAUUCCUUUUCACGUAAUUUGAUUCGAAUGUCAUGGUCAAAAAAGAAUUUAUAUAUAAUUUCAACAAGAGCAAAUCGAUUGCCAAGACUGCAGAAUAGAACAUUGUUUCAACAACGAUGGCAAGCUAAAAAAGAUACAAGAGCAUACCAUGGAGCACAGUUGAACGAACGUCAAUUUCACAGAAUGUUUGAUCCUCUACUACCAACUACAAUUCAUAUCGCCAACAAUGAUGUUAAUAAUCAAAAGAAAUCUAUCUUUAAUCUUUUAAAGAAUAAAUCAACUGAUGAAACAUCCAAAAUAAUACCAACAUCUGUGUUAGCAUAUGCCACACUUGAAAGAAGGUUAGAUUUUAUUGUAUUUAGAAGCUGUUUUGCUCCUAGUAUUUGGUCUGCUAGACAAAUGGUCAGACACGGUAAUUAG